UAUUUUUAUUAUGUUUUGUUUUUGAGAUUCAUUAUUCCUGCAGUGGAUUGGAGGUGCUUGCGUUGGACCAAUGACGGGAUUGCGAGACGCCUGUGCCCUCGCGAUCCUCCCAGAUACUUUAUUUUGACACGGUGUCGUGUCAAUGGGAUGCUUUAGACAAGCUGGUCUUGGAAGCUCCCCACUAUAGCAUAGUCUCCACCCCGCUGCCCAGCACAGGAGCCACGUCGCGCCCCUUUCUUUGGUCCAUGCCCAGUGGCUGUGCCAAGUUUUCAACCCUCCCGCGCCCCACGCUGCCUCUUUUCUGUCGGGGUUGUUUGUAGAGCCUGUACUCUCUCAGUCUAGCCCUUCCGCUUCCUCUUCUACCUCUGUCUCUGAAGUGGGUCUUUGCGUUUUGAGGCAGUUUGAGGGGAUAGUUUGGAGACGAUGGCGUCUGACAAUGUGGAGUGCAACGGAAGCAACGGAAGCAACGGAAGCGUGGGCUCAAUGGGGUUGAGCACCCUGGCAUCCGUGCGGCCGAACUUUAAGCUCUCUGCUGCAGAUGUGGGGGGUUUUGUAAGCGAUCCCGCUGAGGAGCUCGUGGCACCGAGCGAGGCGUUUCGGCAGCGCGCGUUAGUGGCGUCCCGGGCGCAAUAUGACGAGAUGUACAAGCGAUCCGUGGAGGAUCCCGACGGGUUCUGGGGCGACAUCGCAUCCACAUUCUUUUGGAAGAAAAAAUGGCCGACAACAGAAGGAAAAUUGUAUUCCGAAAACAUUGAUGUCCGAACUGGGCGCGUUGCCGUCGAGUGGUUCAAGGGCGGGCAAACCAAUAUCUGCUACAACGCCCUCGACAGGCACGUCGAAGCUGGCUUUGGAGACAAGGUGGCCUUCUUCUGGGAAGGGAAUGACACCGGCGUGGAUGCUACACUGACUUACAAAGAAGUGCUCGAACGUGUUUGCCAGCUUGCAAACUACUUGCGUAGCCAAGGUGUGAAGAAAGGAGAUGCAGUGGCAAUCUACAUGCCUAUGCUGGCCGAGCUGCCUAUCGCCAUGCUCGCGUGUGCAAGAAUUGGAGCCGUUCAUUCAGUAGUGUUUGCAGGGUUCUCUGCGGAGUCGCUGUCACAGCGCAUUCUGGACUGCAAACCAAACAUUAUUUUGACCAGUAGUGCAGUGAAGCGUGCCGCCAAGGUUAUCAAACUGAAGGACAUCGUUGACGAUGCGUUGAAAACUGCAGCAGAGAACGGUCACUCAGUUGGUUUGUGUUUGACGUAUGAUAACAACUCAGCAUUGAAGAGAGAAGACACUGCAUGGCAAGAAGGCCGUGAUGUCUGGUGGCAGGAUGUGGUGCCAUCUCAUUCAAAAGAAUGUGAAGUGGAGUGGGUCGAUGCAGAGGAUACUUUGUUCCUGUUAUACACAAGUGGAAGCACUGGGAAGCCCAAGGGCGUGCUGCAUACAACAGGAGGGUACAUGGUCUACGCUGCAACCACCUUCAAGUAUGCGUUCAACUAUCACGAGGACGACGUCUACUGGUGUACAGCAGACUGUGGAUGGAUUACUGGUCACAGUUACCUAACAUACGGUCCUCUACUCAAUGGUGCUUCCAUGGUUGUUUUUGAAGGGGUCCCCAACUACCCAGAUGCAGGGCGCUGCUGGGAAAUUGUGGACAAGUAUAACGUGACCAUUUUUUACACAGCCCCAACUGCAAUUCGUUCAUUGAUGCGGUCAGGUGACGAGCCUGUAAAACGGCACUCGCGUAAGUCACUACGAGUACUUGGCAGUGUCGGAGAACCCAUUAAUCCAAGCGCAUGGAAGUGGUACUACGAAGUAGUUGGCGAUAAGCGCUGUCCUAUUGUUGACACAUGGUGGCAAACAGAGACAGGGGGUUUCAUGAUCACUCCGCUUCCAGGCGCUUGGUGUCUUAAACCUGGAUCUGCUACCUUGCCUUUCUUUGGAAUCCAGCCUGCCGUUGUAGACGAAAAUGGGCACGCACAGACUGGGGAAUGCAGUGGCUACCUGUGCAUCAAGGCAGCAUGGCCGGGAAUGAUGAGAACUCUGCAGGGAGACCACGAUCGAUACGAAACUACGUAUUUUGCUCCUUUCAAGGGAUACUACUUCAGUGGAGAUGGAUGCCGCAGGGAUAAAGACGGAUUCUACUGGUUGACAGGACGAGUUGAUGAUGUGAUCAAUGUUAGUGGACACCGCAUAGGCACAGCCGAGGUUGAAUCUGCGCUAGUAUCGCAUCCUCAGUGCGCUGAAGCUGCAGUCGUCGGGUUCGAUCACGAGGUGAAAGGCCAAGGUAUCUUUGCUUUCGUUACCCUUCUAGAAUUCGUCGAGUAUAGUGAUGAGCUUCGCACAGCGCUCGUCAACGCUGUUCGUUCACAGAUUGGAGCGUUCGCCGCACCAGAUGUAAUUCAUUGGGCUCCAGGACUACCCAAAACGAGGAGUGGAAAAAUCAUGCGCAGAAUAUUGCGGAAGAUUGCUAGCAAUCAAUUGGACGAGCUUGGUGAUAUCAGCACAUUGGCUGAUACAAGUGUGGUGGAUCAGCUCAUUAGUCUCCGUGGCAAGUAAAUACAGUAUUUAAGGUUCUCAUACUGGAGGGAAAUAUCGGAUCCCUUCUUGCAGCCUUUUUAGUGAGGUUUUAUAAGGUGGGUUGGAAAGUGGUCAUUGAAUUCUGGUAAUAUUGAUUGUCUACCGAGGAAUGGUUUUUUGCUUAACGAUGUAACAGUUUUUUUUUAUCACGGUAUCACCAAGUAACAUGUUUCGUGGCAUUUAUAUACAGUUUUGUAAGCUCAGUUUCGAGAAGUAUAUGUGCUACUUUCAUUGCA